AUGCAUAAUAGACACUUCCGGUUGCAUUCACAAGCUCAAGGACGCACCCAGUCUACUGUCUCCACCCCACUUCCGUUAAAUCAGGAUUCAGGGACAAAGGUCGGGACGGGACGCAAAAUCAAAAUAUUAUUAGUUGGUAGAGGGACUCGUUGCGUUGACAGCGACAGCGGUCGGGGGGCGCUAGCAGCGCAAACCCCUCCACCCGCCGUCUCCCCGCAUCACACCCGUACCGGAGCGAGAGGCGAAUGCUCGGAAGCAGGAGGGGUGGGUGGCGGGGCUGGCAGCGGUGGGCUGCUGGCCAUGAACGCCACCCAGGUCCAGUGCGAGCCACAUGACUCCGUCGUACUUAUUAAAUAUGAACAUCGGUCAGCCGGUGGCAGCUGGGAGGAGCCAGUCAGCGCGGUGCGAAACGCGCCGCUGCGCCGCUCGCAACGGCUCAACUCCACGUUGGACUCGAGAAGCAGCGGUCAGCUUCGAAAUACACUGAGUCGUGCGCGUGAGUUGUGCGAGCGAUGGCGCAGCGGAAGCAGUACGCCGUCACCGCCGACUCCCGCGCCAGAAGACGAAGGCGGGGGGAGGCUGGCGAGGUGGUUCAGCGUGAGACGUGGUUCCACACACCAAUAUGACAUGCACACGCACGAGACGGACAAGAUGCCUAAGCUGCCCGAGCUGGAGGAGGAUAUGUUCUCCUGCGGUGGCGAGCUGCGUGGCGGUCGAAUACCACCACCGGCCCUCGGACCGCCACCAGAAUCCCUAACGCCAGUUCAGCUACGGCGACGCCAUGUGGUGGCAGCUAUUAUUCACAGCGAAAACUCAUACGUAGCGACGUUACAACGACUUAUUAAUGACUACAAGAAGCCGUUGGAGGAGAGCAGCCCAGCCAUCCUCAACGCUGGCAAGAUACAGACGCUGUUCCACCGGCUGCCGGACAUCCUGCAGUGCCAUUUGCACUUCCGCACCGCUCUAGCCGACUGCGCGCGUACGUGGGACCGCGACGAAAAGAUAGGCGAGGUCUUCCUGAACGCGUUCUCAAAGGCCGUGGUGCUGGAUGUGUAUUCGGACUUCAUAAACAACUUCUCUGUGGCGAUGGAAUUGGCGAAGAUGGAGUCGAAGCGGAAAUCGGCGCUGGCAGACUUUUUUAAAGUGAAGCAGAUCAGCGCACACGACAGGCUCUCGUUCUUCGGUCUCAUGGUGAAGCCGGUGCAACGGUUUCCACAGUUCAUUAUGUUCUUGCAGGAUCUCUUAAAACACACGCCUCCAGGUCACGCGGACCGCGUCUCCUUACAACGUGCUCUGACGAGGCUGGAGGCGUUGGCUGAGGCCCUCAACGAGAGGAAACGGGAAGCUGAAAGGACUCAGGCAUUCCGUGGCGCUCUACGGCGUCUUACUCGCGGCGGUAUGACAGGGGCGGGGGGCGCGGGCGGAGCGGCGAGGUUCGGAGCAGCCAGGCUGCUGGCUUCCAGAGCGGAUAAGCGACAUCUCUUGAGACAGGACGAUCUCCUACAAUUGGAGUUUAAUCAAUCAGGAACACUGACAAAGUGCAAGCCUCGUCGUUUGUUAUUGUUAAAUGACUUAGUCGUGUGUGUGUCUGUGGGCGCGGGUGGCGAGGAAGCGGAGAGACUUGGACUGAAGUGGGCGCAUCCCGUGCAAGAUGUUGAAGUACUAGACACCGGUACAUCACCGACGCUCAGUAGAGUACUAGCGCAAGGUAUGAAUCGCAGUGGAAGUCUACGCUCAAAUUCAAGUGGUACUGGUAGCACAUCCACGGGCGAUUCUCUUUGUAACGAAAUGUCAGCUCUGAUGCACGAUUACGAGACCGUAUCCAGAAUGGCGGAUCUGGCUGCCUCGUUAAAGACGCCGUACCCAGAAGUUGCCCCAGAUGUGUUUAGGACGCUUCUGCAGAACAUUCAGCAGAGUAUACAGAAAAAAGACGACGAAAUGGCGUGGGUAGAUUCCUGUUGCCUACAACUAACGAUACGUGGACGAGAAGAGCCAAUAACGUUCCGAGCUAAUGAACCGGGAGCGAGACGUGCAUGGGCCACUGAGUUACGUCUGGCGCAGUUGGCUCAGGCGAGAGCUAAUUGCCCCGCGUGGCGUCUCCCAGCUAGCACCACACCACCACACAAAAUGCCUCUAUAUGUAGCCGCUGCACCCGUUUAUUCUUCCAAUAAUUUAACUGAGGUAAAAUGCGGCUGCUUCUAUACGUCGAGCGGGUGCGCAAGCGGCGGCGCCAGGCGUCGUGCCCGCUCGUUGCUAUGGGUGUGCGCUGGUAGCAACACCAAUAGCCAUGUAGCAGUAUUAACACAUCGAGCUGCUACGCUCAAGACGCUUGUUACACUUGACUUACCUGAUAUUAAGGUGUCAUCAAUAGAAUACGCAAAAGGCGUAAGACAAGUGACCACACUGUGCGGCGACACAGUGUGGCUCGGCACUGAGGACAAAAAGAUCAUAAUAUUUUCCGGCGUUGAGCCCGAGAAGCAGGAAAAACUCAGCGAGGUGCCCACCGUUGCAGCUGUCACCCAGAUACGCUACCACUGCGACUCCAUGUUCGUGGGACUCGCUAAUGGAAGGAUAUCUGUAUUCAGAAGAAACCACGACGACUCGUGGGCGCUACAGGAGCCCAUCGCGAUAGAACUAGGAGACAAACCUGUACAUUGCAUACUACCAGUUGACGGUAUCAUCUAUGCGACGUGUGCGAAACGUGUCUUCGCUAUCAACGCUUUGACAGCAGAAAUCAUGCGCAUCAUAGAACUGAAGGGAGAAGGUGACCGCUCAGUAAAAUAUUUGGCACACUCCGGUGUAGGUUUAUGGGCGGCGUUCUCCGACUCGACCUAUGUUAGUCUAUACCACACGGAGACGCUGGAACAUCUCCAGAAUAUUGACAUAGCCGCUGAUGUGGCCAAAACCAUCGGUGCUAGGGAGGGAAGCAAGCCAGCCCACGUAUCAGCGUUACUCGCAGUCCAAGGGCUUCUAUGGGUGGGUACGACUGCCGGUGUCAGUGUGACUGUGCCGUUACCAAAGCUUGAAGGCUUACCCUUGAUCGGUGGCCACAUAGCUGUCUCGUAUCACGCUCACGCCGGACCAGUAACAUUCCUUCUAGCGUUGAACCCGGAAACAAAAGACGUUGACGUCAACUUGGUCAGACGGAACCUGUCCAACGCCCGGGCGCUGGCGGACACCGUCCACGAGUUCAAAGAAGACGGCAAAGAUGACGACAAGCAUAAGCUCGAGCGCCGUAUAUCCGAAGAGUUGAGUCCAUAUAGGCCACAACGCGUUCAAUCAGCUGUGAUACGACGAAAGAAACCCGGCGACGUGCGUCUGAGCAAAACCUUACCAAAAUGCGCUAAUCUGAACGCGUGUGAUGUCUAUGGCUUGUUCGGUGAUCUAAUGUUUGUAAAGGACUGCGUGGGUGAAGCUGAUGUUAGUGGAGCUGGUGGUGAAUCGUUAAGGCGGAGCGAUCCCGAAUUAGCGGCUAUUCCCUUCAGAGUCAGCACUUUAGAUAGGCGUCUACGGAUGAGAGCUGGACGGCCAAGAAGUUUAGAUUUGUCCAGCUGGUCGGUGGAUUCUCGGGCUUCGAGUCUCUGUACGUCGUCGGGGAGCGAAGAAUCCAUGGCAUUACGUGGCGUGUCCAGAACUAGUUCGGGAGCUUCAGGCGCAGCUAGCUUAGUUCCGUUGGCCGUGUCGACCCCAGACUCCUCUUCAGGGAAAUCAAGUGCUUCGGAACGGUCGAUAUCUCGUAGUGACUCAGCGAACGCCCCAUCUCCAGACAUCCGUCCCAAUAAGAAAAACGAGAGGAACGCUGUGAGGAGUCUACGUGGGGCUGAUUAUAUUGUCGGGGAGAGUACUUCUCGCAGGUCCAUAGUAACGAUAAUGGGAGGUCGGGGUUAUGUGGAUUGGAGGCAAACAGCUGACGCGUCGGAACGCCCCGCCCCUGCUGCGGAUCCUAAUCCCAAAGACGCACAUCUUAUUAUGUGGGAGAUGCGCUUGUAA